GGAGGGCGCGAGGGCAGCGCUACGGCGGCCGCGAGGGGCAGCUACGGCUCCCGCGCGGUGCCAAUCGCCGCCGGGCGCGGGAGCCCGGACCCUCCGGGGCGGGAGGGGACGCGUGAGCCGCCGGGCCCGCAGCCACGGUGCGGGGCACCAUGCGGCGGCCCUGCGCCGGGAGCCCCGAGGGACCGCGGGGCCCGCAGGCCGGGACGCCGGCGCGGAGAGGGCGCCCGAUGUAGGCAGCCUCAAAUGGCAGUCACAUCCACAGAUGUAGGCAGGGACCGCGUAACCUGGAGCCACUGCUGCUUCUCUGUCCUCGAGGCUGGUCUGCACGCCCUGCAUCCUGCAGACACACCAGCAGGCGGUUGCCGUCACCUGCCAGGCAUGGCUCACGGCUCCCCCGCUGCAGGCUCGCAGGCCUAGCUGCCCAUGACGCUGACCACCGCCUGGACGCUGCGUCUGCCGCCAGCUAGCGCCGAGGCCCCGAUGCCGGUCAUGCCCAUCCCGCGGCGGGUGCGCUCCUUCCACGGCCCGCACACCACCUGCCUGCACGCGGCCUCCGGGCCCCUCCGCACCUCCCGCCUGGCGCGCACCAAGUACAACAACUUCGACGUGUACGUGCGCGCGCGCUGGCUCUACGGCUUCAUCCGCUUCCUGCUCUACUUCAGCUGCAGCCUCUUCACGGCCGCGCUGUGGGGCGCGCUGGCCGCGCUCUUCUGCCUGCAGUACCUGGGCGUGCGCGUCCUGCUGCGCUUCCAGCUCAAGCUGUCGGUGCUGCUGCUGCUGCUGGGCCGCCGGCGCGUGGACUUCCGCCUGCUCAACGAGCUUCUGGUCUACGGCAUCCACGUGACCCUGCUGCUGGUGGGCGGCCUGGGCUGGUGCUUCAUGGUCUUCGUGGACAUGUGAGCGCGCGGCCUGGGCCGGCUGGGUCACUGUGACCAGCAGGGCCGAUGCUUGCGCCGGCGCUGUUUGACGGGGUAGGUCGGGGCCUUGUCUUUCACGCUGCGUCCAGUAGCCGGGUCUCUGCCCCAGAGAGGAAUGGGCUGUGAUUUCUGUGCACGGACGCUGCCCCCUCUAAUCCACUGACCCUCCUGUGUGUGUGUUCCGGGGCACUGACCCGUGGCCACCCCCGUGGAUCCAGCCCACACUUUUCCAGGCAGUGCUUGGGGGCAGGUACCAUCAGUCUGUGCUUGGAGAGCCUCUGGCCCCUGCCCCCACCCCCCACCCCGGGACACUGGUGUCCCGGUGGUGUAGGGGUGUGCUGCCCAGGAGCCAGUCUGGGGGGGUCUUCCUGGCCCAGCCCCAGCCCUGGCCUUGGCCUUGGGAAGCAUCAGACUCCGUCCACCACACUGCCACAGGGCCGCCCCUAGGCUCCCUGAGAGGUGGCCAUGUUCAGUGGCCACCGUGGGCCUGAGCCCCGGCCAGCCCUCAGGGUCCCCUUGUUGUGCAGGCGCCGUCCAGCAGGGAGUCAGGCCCUGGCAGCUGCGAGAUGGUCUGGCCCGGGGCAGAUCCGUCUUCUGGGCAGGUCGGGGAGUGCCAGCCCCUUCACACGUGGGUUUCUGAGGAGACUCCUCAGUCUCUCUGGCUCUGGGGCUGCUUUUGGUCAGAACACAGAAUUGGGACGUGCGUCUGGAGCAGAUGUUGGAGGUCUUGGGCGGUGAGUGUUUGAGGCUCCACCUGGAGUCAGGUGGCCCAGGGCUGGAUCUCUGGGUGAGGGCGAGGCAGCCCUCUGCUCCUGCCGGCAGUUCAAGCAGCUGGGAGCAGAGAGCAAACGAAUGUCGGCAGGGACUGUGGCCGGGAACCAGGGCCGGCGGUCCUGGGCGACUUGUUUCGGUCACAGAGAACGCACUCCAGAGCCAGCUCCUGGCACCCUUCCUCUGGCCUUCCGCAGCGAGGGGGCAGGCCGGCCAUGUCGCUCAGUGGCCAACGCGGGCCUCCUUGGCCAGUGGGCGGGCACUCAAUAAUUCUGCUGGGACAACAGGCAGAGAAGGGACAGGACAUGGGGCCGAUGCUGCUUCACCCCAAGUUGCCCCCUUAUCUUCCUGGCAGUGGCCCCUUUGACCCUGCCUGGCCAGGGAGGCCAGUGGCCCCAGGGGGACUGUCAGGACAGUUAAGUGCCACUGGAAGGAACCCCAAAUCAGGUGGAGAAAGCAAAAAGCACUUGGCUGUGACCAUUCCCCUCAGUUUUUGGCCUCAGGGGGCCAGCCUGAGGCCAGUGGGGGGCUCCCGGAGGAAGGAGCCGAGGAGCUGACCCUCGGGGACCCCUCAGCCCUGUGGAGCAUCUUUUGCACUAAGUCAUGCUGUUUCCUACAAGCUUUGUUUUGUGUUUUAAGUCACGCUGCUCAGUCCCUUCGAAGUCCCCUGACUGAGGCAGGUGUGUGCACACCAUCGGGAUGGCGGGUGUCUGCGCGGCAGUGCUAGGAGUUGACACGCCCAACAAGUAGUUGCCUGGGGUCUCGAGUGCCUGUGAAUUCUUUAUGAAACGAGCCACCUGCAUUAAACUUAUUUUUUUAACGUG